GUAGCAUAGGUUUUCAGUGAAUCCGAGAUUGUCCACAAGUCGUUUCUGCAAUGUUGGGGUUUGCAAUAUUUGCGGUGAUAUUUGUGGUGACGCUUAUCAUCAGUAUCAUUUACUUAUAUCCGAAAAAAACAAAAACAACUACUGUGCCUGGUCUUGAGCCUACCAAUAAAGAAGAUGGCAAUUUACCUGACAUUGGGCGAGCUGGGAGCCUACAUGAGUUCCUGAUGGAUCUGCAUGAGCAAUAUGGACCGAUAGCUUCAUUCUGGAUGGGAGAGAAGCUCAUUGUUAGCAUUGCCUCACCAGAACUCUUCAAGGAACAUCUCACUGUAUUUGACAGACCACCUGAGCUGUUUAACAUCUUCUUGCCCAUUCUGGGAGAGCAGUCUAUACAGUAUGCCAAUGGAACAGUUGGACGGAAACGCAGACAGGCCAUGGACCAAACCUUUAGUCAUGAUCAGCUUUCCCUGUAUUAUGAUGGUCUUCAAAAGAUAGCGAAUGACAUUGAGACGAAAUGGUUGUCCUUGGUGAAAGAAGAGCAUAUUCCACUGAGCCAGUACAUGUUUGCUUUUUCUAUCAAGGCAGCUUUACAGUCCUUCCUUGGUGGUCAUUUCAAGGAUGACAAAGAGGUUCUUGCCUUCAAGAGAGACUAUGAUGUGGUGUGGGCCGAAAUGGAGCAUCGUCUAGCAGAUCCCGAGUUGCCAGCUGACAAUACUGUACGAGCAAAGGCUUUCAACGAGAGUCUUCAGCGCAUAAAAGAUGCUGUAAUGAAAUCUAUUGAAGAUCGAAAGAAGAUUUCUGCCAAAUCUGAUGAUUAUAUUUUUCUUGACCGCAUGAUAGACUUCAAUGAAGAUGACGAUUUGACAUUUUGUGAUGGAAUAGUCAGUCUGCUUGGUGGAUUUCACACAACAGCAAAUGUGCUAACAUGGGCUAUGUACUUCUUGGCCAGUCACCAGGAUGUUCAAGACAAAGUGCACAAGGAACUGAAGACUGUUCUUAAAGACGAACCUGUGAAUCCACAUAACAUCAAGAAACUCCAGUAUCUGAGACAAGUGAUUGAUGAAACGUUGCGAUGUGGAGUUAUUGCUCCAUGGGCAGCCAGAUUUCAGGACUUUGACUCCGAGCUGGGAGGGCACAAGAUACCCAAAAACACUCCAGUGAUUCAUGCUCUAGGUGUGGUUCUACACGAUGAGAAAAUAUGGCCACUUCCAAACAAAUUUGAUCCAGACCGUUUUAAUCCUGAGAACACGAAAGCACGUCCAAACCUUGCAUUCUCUCCAUUUGGCUUCGCUGGAAAGAGAAUCUGUCCAGGCUAUCAGUUUGCCUAUAUUGAAGCUUCUAUUUUACUUGCCACCAUUCUGUUACGGUUUAAGAUUGAUCUCGUGGAAGGGCAGGUGGUAAAGCCAGUCUUUGGACUGGUUACUCAUCCCCUUGAUGAGAUCUGGAUCACGAUUAGCAAGCGAAAGUAAACCAGAAAAUAGAUCUACAAAUAUACAGCCCAAUUUACAAAAGGUUUUUGAUCCUGUGUAUCUUCUCUAAACAGGUGUAUUUAUUUAUUUUUUAAAUUUACAUUGAACACAGGUACAUGUAUGUAGCUAUUUUUGUACACAAGUCUUAUUCUGUCCAUGCUUAAUAUCUACACCUGUCUAAAAGAAAUGCAGAAAUGCAUUAUGAUCACCUUUCGUAAAUUCUUCCCUUUAUAUUUUAAAAACAACUGGUGUAGGUUUAAGUUUGUUUGUCAAAUGGUAUUGCCAGUUUGCACUGGUUACUGAUCCAACCCUUCAGUAUUUGUAUUCAGUGUUCAACCAUUUAAGUAUUUUCUAAACAAUGUGUGUAAGGUUAUGUUUGGAUGUCGGAUAUUAAAGCUAAUUAGGACUGUUUACUCAUCAUUUUGAUGAGAUUAGGAUUGUGAUUAGCAAGCACAUGUACACCAGAAAUGUAAAUAAUUCUAGAAAUGUUAUAGUUUCUAAACAACUGGUGUUAAUGCUAGUUGGGAUUCUUUUUCUCGUCACCUUUAUGAGAUCCGGAUGACAAUUAGUAAGCACGAGGAAACCUGCAAUAUAAUGGUUUCUAAACAGUUGCUGUUGAUUCAUGUUUGUCUGUCAAAUUGCAACACAAGUGUUUAUAUGUAGACACUAGUGUUGCGAAUCAGUCGGCAAGUGGAGUGUAAAUAGUUCUGUAGAACUACAGCCAAGCUUCAUUAUUUGAAUCAUUAAGUUUGAGAUAAUUGUUUUUGUUUAUAAUUAUGCCAUGGGACACUUUCUCAACUUGGAGAUAUCCUAGGCUUGGUGGAUAAAGAGAGGUCGAGAUAACGAUGUUUGACUGUACUUUGGGUUUUUUAAAGAAUUGGUGUAGGUGUAGGAAUGGGUGAAAGGUUUGUUUGGUUUGGUAACUCAGUAACAUGCUAAAUUGACAGGAAAACUAAUUAGUUGUAGAAAUAGAAUAUUUUCUUAAAGAGACCUUCCCGAGUUUGCUCCAUUGUAAGAUGUUUCCGACAAAUAAAAUAUUUCUACGAUUAAAUUUACAUAUUAAAUAUAUUUUCUUGUUUAGAAUAUCAGUAUCUGUAUAUUCAAUGUGUUUCUGGUCGU